UGCCGGGUGGAGAUUAUACUUUGAUGCCAAAUGUUGUUAGUUAGAAAGCUGACUUCGAGAAAAAACAGUCAAGACAAAGUUGACAGCUUCUGACUAGUUAUGAMAGCAAGAUCAUGACAGCAAUAUCAGGCAAGUACACGCAUUUUAAUUUGCUGUUAUGCAUCUAGCUAUGUUAUUUUAAUGUGAUGUUUAUACUCUUAAGAUUUAAAGAACAGCAAAGACCGAUUUUUGAUCAGAAAAUAGUCAUCUUUCCACUGCACAGAUGCCGUCUCUCUCCAGUCAUAUGACGUCUCCACUUCCUGCUUGGAGUACCAAUUUUGAGACAACGAUGUUUUCUCCUCUAAUAAAGAAAUGUUUCCAGAUUUAAUUUAUGGUACUCAUUAAACAUGAAAAUCCCCAAAGGAUGGAUGAUGUAGCGCAGCUUGAAUCAAUCAACAGAAUAGCAGGGAACGGUUUUAUGUACAUCUUGAAAAGUACAAAAAAAAAUCAUUUCCCAUGAUCCAAUGCAUGCCCAAAGGGGUACGACGUCUCGAGGAUUUUUGACACAAGAAAAUAAGAUAGGCUGCUUCCGCGCGCGAUUUAUAAUGGUUUGCUCACUUUGCGAAAUCUCUUGAGUGUAGCUAACGUUUCACAGUUAUAAUGACUUGAAUGUCAAUGCAUUUAACCUAGCUGGUCCUAUCAUCUCUGAAGAUAAGACUGGGCCAUGCGCAGCUGGAGGUGGCAGUUCUCCAGGAUGAUGAGCCUUUGCCUGCGCUGGUGCCGGCUGUGUCCUAAGCGAGGGGUGCGUCCUAGCAAACCCCGGAGGAAGCUAGGAGAGCUGUGGAGCUACUGGAAGCUGCUGCUCAACUCCCUCUACUUCAACAGCCUCACCAACUCUGACACCUACCUGGACUGUGUCUUUGAACCCAUCUACUGGAUUGUGGACAAUGUGACUCGCUGGUUUGGGGUGUUUUUUCGCCUUUCACGCUCCCUCAUGAGUUGUUCCCUCUGUCCGUGUCCUCCUCUCCUCUGUUCCCAGGUAUUUGUGUGCCUGGUGAUUGCCCUCACCAGCUCUGUGGUGGUCAUUGUCUACCUGUGCCUGUUGCCUGUUAUCCUCAACACCUACCCACUGCAGUGGAUCAUCUGGCACCUCACYUAUGGCCACUGGGUCCUCAUGAUGGUCCUCUUCCACUACUACAAGGCCACCACCACCUCCCCUGGACACCCACCACAGGUUAAAAGUGAUACACCGUCAGUGACCAUCUGUAAGAAAUGCAUCGUCCCCAAACCAGCCAGGACUCACCACUGCAGCAUCUGCAAUACGUGUAUUUUGAAGAUGGAUCACCACUGUCCUUGGCUCAACAACUGUGUGGGCCACUUCAACCACCGCUACUUUUUCUCCUUCUGCCUGUACAUGACCAUGGGCUGCAUGUACUGCAGCGUCAGCUGCAAAGACAUGUUCAUAGAGGCCUACAACGCUGUCGAGAGCUACUAUCAGACCCCACCAGCACUGUUUUCCUUCAGGGAAAAGUUGGUCCACAAUGGUGUCAUUUUCCUUUGGGUGCUGACAAGUUCGGUGGCAGUUGCUCUGGGAGGUCUGACACUGUGGCAUGCUAUCCUCAUCACUCGAGGAGAGACCAGUGUGGAGAGACACAUCAACAAGAAAGAAAUCAGACGUUUAAAGGAGAAAGGAAAGGUGUUCCGAAAUCCAUACCACUAUGGGAAAAUAAACCAUUGGAAAGUUUUGUUUGGCGUGGAGGAGACAAGUCACUGGUUGACCAGAGUCCUCCUGCCGUCUAGCCAUGUUCCCCAUGAAGAUGGACUGAUAUGGGAAUGCCCUCGGGCUCUCACCAGAAGAGACCCGAUGACCAUCUAACCUCACUACUCACUGCUGCUGGACAGUUCCUCAUCUCCACUUUAUGGGCCAUAAUCACUGCUAUGGCCCCUGGAUGGUGGGGUCGACAGAAGACUUAUUUUAGCCUCUGAGGAGUGGACUAUUUGGUGUUGAUUGUGGCCCAUGAGUCCAGGGACCUUAAUCAGACCUCCAGUCACUGUCAUGUGAAGUGAACUGAUGGUCCUGUCUUUAAUUGGCUCCUUGUCUUGUGAACUGACUGUGUUUUUGUACUGUUAGGUAUGUUGUCCAAAGUUGAUGUGAAGUGUGUGCUUUUUAAUUGUACUGAAGUCACAGAAGAAGCAGUUUGGACUUUUUCAGUGCCAAAGAACAGCUUUCCACCAAAGGCUAGGUUCGAGCUAGAUAACCACAUGCCUUGGCCAUUGUCCAACUAUGGGUGCGUACUCUGGAGACUCCAGUUAGAUUAUGGUGCUCAUGUUACUGAGCAGUGCCCCUGUCAAUAUUAGGAAUUGUCAUAAGAUUGCUAUGUUAAAUCUUUAACCUGGUUUCUAUUUGUUAAUUAUCAGGCACUAAUGCAAAGUACAGUUUAAUGUAUUUUCUACURUUAUCCAAUCUCUCCCACAUUGAUUUCCCCACUAAAAAGCGGCGUGUACACUACACGAUUUUGGUCCUGA